AUGGUGAUGAUGGUGGUGGUGAUGGUGGUGGUGGUGAUGGUGGUGGUGGUGAUGGUGGUGGUAACGCAUCAUCAUCUCGCAACCAGCCGGGAGACGAGUAUUGACGUCGGCAUCUGCAUGUCACUACCGCCCACGCCCACUGGCCCUGGGGGAAAAAGAAAAGAAGAACAACUUUGUCCAGGCAAGGCAGCGGCGUUUGUAGGUAUCCGGUACUGGGCUAAGAAGUACUGCUGGGGCCUGUCCUGGAUCGCACCCACACCUGCGGCUCCACUAGAGGUGGGCGGGCACCCAACUGGGACGUGGACCAGGCCACCACACGGGGGAAACGACGCAGCAUUUUCCUCUCAGUGUCCGUACCGGGCCCGUACCUACUGUGUACCUUAG